UAUGUGGUAGUAGCAAUUUGUUGGCUUGUUUCUAAUAUCUGCAGCAAUGAUGGCUGCAAGAUGUUCCCUUGUAUAGCUUGGGCCUUGUUGCGUAUGUUUUGGGUCUUUCUAUCUUUAGGGAAUGUUGUCAAUGUUCAUGGAGUUACUGUAGUGCCUCCUGUUUGUUAUAUAUAUCAUUACACGGGUCUAAAUAGCUUGCCUUUGACUUACCGUGUUCGCGGUAUAUAUGCUACUGGUAGGCGUGGUGGUUCUAAAAGUCUAAAGCCUUCUUCGUUUAGUGGCACUGUUGCCGACCGUGACGAGUUUAUUGAGCGUUCCUUAGCUCUUGGCAUACCUCGUGAGGACAUUGACGAGUGCUUAAAGCAAUUUGUUAUUGUAAAGGGUGCUAAGAAGGCGUCAGAAUCUGGAAGUACUGAGGAUAAAGUAACGGACAAUUCUAAAGGAUCAGGCCAAUCAGCUGUUGGCACUGAAUCUCUAGAUUUAAAAGCUAUCACGGAUACUUCUGCGAAUACUUCCAAGAAAGCUAAGUCACUUCCUCGUAGGCUUCUUAAGAAGGCUCGUUACCUUCCAGAGAAGGGUGUUGAGUAUUCCUUAUUGGAGGCUAUUGACCGUAUAAAAUUGAUAUCUGGUACGCGUUUUACUGAGGGUAUUGACGUAUCACUUCACGUUCCUUUGAGUCGUAAGAAGAUUCGUGCUACUGCAGCUCAGUAUGCUCGUUUGAUUACUAUUCCUCAUCAAUCUUUAAAAUCGCGUCGUUGUCGUAUUGGUGUAUUUGCUAAGCCUGAUAUUUGCGAUCAGGUGCGUGCUUUGAACUGUUCAAAGGUUGUUUUUGUGGGUGGUGCUGAAUUGAUUGACACUUUUAAAUUAGCUGAUGAUUACCCCAAGGUUGACUUUGUGUUAUCUGAUUUGGCUACAUUUCACAAGCUUUCAGCUAUUGGCCGUUCCCUCGGUCGUCGUGGUUUGAUGCCAUCGUUAACUGUUGGCACUUGCAUUCAGCAUACUGAGGAUCUGUUAGAGCGUGUUAUGCAGGUUGAGAAUUGCAAUACAUUUAUUUUGCGUUCUGAUCGUGCUGGUGAUGUGAAAUGCAAUUUUGCUGACGUUACUAUGGUUCGUGAGGACAUUCGUGAGAAUUUACUUGCGAUUGUUGAUUAUUUGCGCAACAACAGGCCUGAAUUUGCUGGUUCCCAGUUGCUUUCUGCUGCUUAUGUAUCUUCUAGUAUGGGCCCAUCGUUCCGUAUAAGUUUGAAGGACCUUGGUUGUCGUGUUCGUUCAAAGCGCAAGAGACUCUAUUAGUUUGUUACAACAAUGGCUGAGGACCCUAAUGACUCCAUCCCGCUUGCUCAGCGCAUGGGU